AUCACAAUGAACCCUCUCAGUUUUCUGUCCACCAGUCUCUUUGAUUAAUGUCAAAGUUGCAUGACUCUGCUGAACUUUGUCACAAUGAGACGACUUUUAUUAAAACUGAUAAAUCGAGCUUUGCUGAUUGGACCCGUUGGACCAAUGAUGGGCAGUGAAGCUGGAGUCCACACAAAUUCUCGCCGGAGACUGGUUGUGGGACUGGGAAACCCUGGAAUGAACAGUUCACGCCACAGCGUAGGCAUGGCAGUACUGGAAGCACUUGCUUCCCGGCUUGGGGUAGCUGAUAGCUGGCGUGGUGAUAGGCAUGUGUCCGGUGAGGUCAUCGUAUCUGACAUCCAGGACAUCCAAAUCGUGCUUCUCCGACCACGACUACUGAUGAACAUAAACGGUGUAUCCGUGGCCAAAGCAGCGAUUAAAUACAGCAUCAAGCCUGAGCACAUACUGCUGGUUCAUGAUGAGUUGGAUAAGCCUCUUGGAAAGCUUGCUAUGAAACAAGGAGGGAGCGCCAGGGGUCACAAUGGUGUGCGGUCCUGUGUUGAGUGUCUGCAGACUGAUGUGAUGCCCAGACUGCGUGUUGGGAUUGGCAGACCAUCAGGUAAAACAUCAGUGGACCGGCAUGUUCUGGGCCGCUUCUCUCAGGAGGAGCAGAAGGUUCUGAGUGGGGUUUUAGAAGAGAGUGUGGACAUUCUCCUCUCCCAGCUCACUGACAAGGAGGAUAUGCAGUCCCCACUGUUGCCACGUGGAGGCAGACCAGCAUCACAGACUGGGAAACAAAGGGAGCGUUUAAGCGCUCCACGAAAGGACACGGCCACUGGCCAGACCUGAGACUGACGAAAGACUUUGACAGAGCCAGUGAAACUGUGACUACUCUGGGAUAGUAGCUUUGCUCCUGCUGAAACAAAGCUGCCUCUUGCAGAAAUAUGAAAGUGUGUACAUGUUUUUAUUUAUUAUGACUUUGUUUACGCUCUGGUUUAGGAUGUAUGUGAAAUGAAUGCCAAGUAAGCACACUUCGUUUCAAGGACAAAGAAUUUACAUAUGUAUAAGAUAAUCAUCGCAUAGAUCUAGAUUGGUAUGAAUUUAUUUUUAAGUUUCCCAAACUACCAUGUGUAUGGCGUGAUCUAAUUAUGUGCAAGGUCUAAGGAGAGACCAAUACUUGAUAUUAAAAUUAUUAAACAACCGUCUUGCCAAUGGCAUUAAGAAAUGGAACUAAUGGAACUAAUAGUGAUAAAAGAACAUGGUUCAUUCAUGUUUCAGCCACCCAAAGUCUCACAUCAUCUAAACUCAUUGUCUUUGUUGUAUUUACUGAUACAACAUAUUGAUUCCAUCCUUUAAUUGUCAGCCUAUAACCACACUCUUAAUCAACGAGCAUUCUUAAUGAGUAGUAGCAAACAGUCAAUAAGUGUAGGAUUCUCACCAAAGUGAAUACCAGCCCACAGAAACUGAGAAAGGACCAUAUAAAAGUACAGAAAGAGGCAGAGUGAGAGAAUGGAAAACUGAUAGAAUGGGCCAAAUAGAUUGCGAUGCAGGGCGAAAGAAAGGGCAGGGGAGAAAACAAUGGGGGCCAAACAUUGUAGGAUAGGGCUGUUUGAAGCCUUCUGUUUGGCCGUAGCUCAGAGUCACAACAAAGCAUCAGGGCCACACUUGUGGAUGUGGGGAAUGGGACUCAAAGGGAAUCUCUCCACUCAUGACAGACCCCCACCUCUCUACCCCUUUCGCUUUCUCUCAUGUGACCCCCUUGAGCCAGCCAUCUCACCUACCAGGGCACUUUCCCAGCCCCUCUGAGUGGUCAGCCUGGGAGAGUGCAGUGGUGGCCUCUAACUUUUCUCUGAAAGGUCAGAGGUCACUAAUAAAGCUGGACACUGGGCUAAUUUAUUCAGGAAUGGCUUCCCCUCAGCAGUCAUAGGCUGAGCUGCACUAGCCCAAAGCCCAGUGGGGGGUCUUCCCCUAAGCUUACAGAUGUGCUAAGACCAGGGAUACACAAAAAGACAGGGAUGGGGAUGGAUACACACAAACUGCAUUAUUGUCACUCAAAUUGCAGACCCUCUGAGAUUUCUUGAGGUUGAGGCUUUUUAAGCUUUGAGUUUAAAGUGGAUUUGCUAUUCACCAUGAUCCCCAACAGAUGACCUGGGAACGAUAAUAUGGGCAUUAUCAGUACAGGAAUGUGGAUCGAUUUCACUGAUUGUAAAGGUGAACUUUCUCAAUGUAGUCCUUUGUAAUUAUCAAGCAGGAUACUGUCUUCCUUCUCUCUCUUUGGGAUAAGACUGUCUAACUAAUCCUAAUGAUUUAGUGCAGGAUCUUAUAUUGAGGCUCCGGUUUAGUGAUGCCAUAUGUCACAGCCAGCCACCUUCACCUAGCUUAUUGGGGCCCUUAUACUCUCCUUACCUAGGAACCGUGCAGUAUUGGCAUGCUGUUUUAAGUCAAGAGAAAGGUGAACAUGACGAGAUGUGAAAACAAGAGGAUUCCCCAGUUCUACUGACUCACAUUGAGGCUUGGAGACUGAAAUGUAUUUCCUCAUUCACUUAAAGACUGCAAAGGUUUUUUCCCUAUAUCCACAAAUGAACACAGUCGGUCUCAGAAAAUAUAUAUGAUAACUUGAUGCGCUACACUAAGAUUUACACAUGGGCUAUGAGCCUGGUUUGUAUUGUUGCAUCUGUUAUAAGUCUUCAAAACGGGAUGAACUUAUAUCAAAGUAAGGAAAACUAAAGAGAAUGUAUUUCCAAUAAAAGGGGCAACGCGUUGGGCCUAGAAUAUACCUCUCAGAUUUACAAAAAUUGUUACUAUAAAUUAUGUUAUUAUAUAUUCAGACCUUGAAAAAUUGGCUAGGCCUACUCAAAUCCGCACUGCACUGGGGAAAGAGUAGCCUUACAGACCUGCUAUCUUAAUUUGACCACAGCAGGAAAAUAAUCAUGCAGCAACAGGAAAUGUGAAUUACUUUGUGGAUUAAAAUUAAUGGAGAGUUUUUUAGGGUUGAUACAUUUUUCGUUAGGGCAAAUCAAGUCUGAUAUUUUAAAGUGGGAAUUACACACUUUAGAAGUCUUUUUAAACCUUGAAUAAAUUACAUUUAGCAUUUUCUGCUGUGCAGGAAAAUUCUCUGGGACAACAGUGAUCAAAUUAAGAGGCCUAUGUGUUUUUUCAUUUAGUGGUGACUGGUGGUGACGAACUAGGAAGCAUCAGCUAUCAUUGAAACUUUUGAAAUGUCGAAGUUGACUUCAUACAAUAACAAAACAUGUAUGAAAGGAGUAUCAAUCUGGAAAAAAAAGAUGAAAAAAACGAGUUAAACUCUCAAGCUAUUUCCAUGAUGUACUAAACUACAGAAGAAAAAAAUGUACAGGUCUAUCUGAGAAAUAAAAUAAUCUUUCUUCCCAAUACAGAUAUCUAUUCAAUGACUUUCCGAAAGUGGGUCCAUAAUGUAGGCCUAAUAUAGUUUUUUCUCUCCAAUGAACUGAAUGGGUUUAGUGAAUCAGUGAAGGCCCUGCCUGCAUUCCCGAUAAGUAAGCAUUAAUAACGCGUCUUUUCCCUCCCUUUAGCCAUAAUCUCCAGUGAUCUCGCGCCUCCCGCAAUAAAUUAUUCUGACAUGGCCGUGAAAAGGCAGCAGCGGGCAGGCCCUUUAAGAGGCAAAUGAGCAUCGACAGUGAGAAGAUGUUCCCAGCAAAGGAAAUGUUAACUCACUCCCCUGUAGGAGUGCGAUGCGAUGGAUGAAACCAACUGAGAUGUCUUUAAAGGAAAAGGGGAGAAGAGUCCAACCCCGAAGGCGAUCACUGUUUAAUAAUGUAUCAGUGAGAAGUAGGCUUUUAACCCGAGCUAUGAUGGGCCUAAAGCAUCUGGAGUGUGGGAAGCGCUAGUAGCAUGCCUUUUUGGGCAAGGUUUACCUUCCUCGACACCAUGCGAUGCAUAUUCGAUAAGGGAAGUGAUUCGAAAUAGCAAUUGAACGUAGCAAAUCAUUUGAUCCAGUCGAUCUAAUUGCCUUUUGAAAGAGAUGUUUGUGUCAAAAAAUGGGAAGAAUAGUAGGCUAGUCAGAAUAGUUGCAGGUCUUCUGAGGAUCUGGACAGUUACUGGUAAGUUUGUUUCAGAAUGAGGUCACAAUUUUAGACUCAUAAGCACAACAUCACCCUCGCGGGCUUUGUGGUUCACCUGUGUUAUACAGCUCUAAAGAAAUCUUUACUAUAUGUCUUGAAGAUUUACCUGAAAACGACUACAAUGUCCUUAUCAGAUAAAUGAGGCAUAGACCCAAACUACACGAGCAUUUAUUCAAUUUAUGGUAAUCAUAUUGACCUCAUGGUCUUAUAGGCUCUACUAAUUAAUAUGUAAUUAACAUGUUAUUAACAGCCAAAACAUCUGCCAAUAGGCCAUUCAUUAAUAUUUUUUAAUAAACUAAUGAAUUAACAAGUUGAUAUUUGUUAGUGCCUGGUUACUAGGCUACAUUGUACGAAUACCCCUGGUUUAUGCUUGUGAAACAAUAGAGAGGAAAGUUAAUUUCCUAUUGACAAUACGUUUACAAGGAUAACAGUGUUUUGAUUGUAAUUGCCCUGGAGAGUCAAAAUAGGUCUGUUGUUUCUUUAAAAUGUUACUGGUCCUUCAUUCGCAGCUGCUGGCUUGUGUGUGCUAUCAGAGCUAGUGCAGAUGCAUUACUUCUUCAGCACAAUGGACAUUUAUCACCCCGUGGUGUUAUUCAAAUUCAGUACCAAGCGAAGACCAUCCCCACUCCCUCUCGCCGUCCAUCUCGGUAACACCGUUAUUGUUAGUGAAGCUCAAGAAAAGCUUUUGGAUAACAGAAUAGCGAGCACGCAGUGACAUUCCCGUGCAGUCGUCAUAUUAAGUAAUAGCCAGUUAAAGGAGCGCCACGAGUUGACUCAUAUAACCCUUUUUUCGCGUCUUAUAAUUUUUCUACAAGCUGGAGUAUACAAGAAAUGCAGCUUGGGGACGGCGGAGGAGCAGGUGCAUUCGCGUUUUAACAAUUUUCACCUCGGCUUUCUCGAUUCAGCAAUGUUCAGCUUGGUCGCCUUAUAACGUUUUAACAUGAAUAUAUAACCAUCGAGCUUUUUUUUGUAUGAUUGGAAGAAUUUGAAGUCGAGUUAAAAUGCUUGUGUUCUGCUCUAUAAUGAUGUGGAAACUACUAUGUGCAAUGAGAUGCGUCUUACAGGUGCAGAUAUGUCGAAAUGCUGUCGUAAUGGAGUUUGAACGACUCGUUUCUUCUGAUUCCUAUGCUGAUGAUUAGAGCAAACCAUUUUCAUGUUGUCAUAUUAUGGUAUUGAAUGAAGAAGUUUUUACAGUGUUUUGAUGUUUUCGAAGGGGAAAUUGUAUAAUCGUUGAGGCCUUCGUCGACUUAAACAUCUUCUGGUAAAUCAUGCCAUUGGUAUAGGCUAUCAAAGAUCAGUGUCGAAAAUCGCAGAUAUUAGGAAUUUGAAAUAUACACGUUUGUUACUAGACCUGCUGACUUAUAAAAUGUUUAAAGGAGAAAACAAAAGUUUUGCUAUAUAAGAAAACAAUAGGCUACUGCUUUUUAAACUGUAUUAGUUUAAUUUGCACAUAUCCAAAUUACAUUAUGUUUCUGUAUCCUGCAAUUGAUGAUAUUUCAUUUUACCAAAUAAGAUGAGGAUCUUGGUCAGGUGCAUGAUUGGAAUGACAAUUAGUGAUAGUGCCUCCAUAUUUUCUAUAGGUCUAUAUAUUCUACAGAUUCAAAGAUCAUGUAUAUGAUGAAUUUAAAUGGAUUAAUUGAGAACUGUUUUGAAUGAUGAGAGCAAUUCGUUUUGAGACACACUUUGAGCCCUUGCAGUUGAUUGUCCAAACGCAAUUCUUGUGAAAUUUAAAACACAACCCGAGAAUUGUAUCUGGACAUCUGUUGCUGGGGGUUCCUUUCACAUCAGUGUCGUAAAUACAAGUUCUUAGUCUUGUCACCAUAGUCGUGAUAUUUCUUUUUGGAAAUCUGCCUUAAAGUGUUGAUUAUUCGAUCUAUUCAUAAUACCACCAAUUAUCCAAAACGAGUCACUAUUGGUCAAAAGCUUUAGACCAUUAUGUAAACCAAAAGUCAUUGCAUAGCCUGCAGUAUAGCCUACACGUGUACAUUCAUUGCAUUAUAACAUUAUAAAUCAACAAUGCUUUAUUUAGAACUAAGUAGGCCUAAGCCUACAUAACUCUUGGAGGAGCAAGCUGGUGAAUAUAUAUAGUAGCCUAAAAACGUUCGGGUUUUCUUUUGCAAGUUGUUCAAAUGAGACAACUAGGCCUACAGUUUAUUUUGAGAAGAGCUAGGUCCAAUCCCCCGAAGAGAAGCUUUCAAUGUUUUCCAUUUCCCUCUUCCUACUUUCGAUUGCCCCUAGGCAAGGAUGGGUUUAUUGCUGCUCUACUGGUGAGCUUUUGUUGUGGCUCCCAGUGCUGUUUUAGGAUUAUAAUUUGCAUAAUUCUUAAGGAAUGUAUCAUUUGAAUUUUGUUUAACAAACCGUGACCUUUGCAACCUCUUUAUCAUUUUAAAACACCAUUACAAGCCAAUUAAGAGGGAAUUCGUUUGUACUUUUAUUUCAAGGUAUAGAUAGUUUUAUAUAAUUAAUGAUACAAUUAUUAAUCUAGGUUUAUUCAUUUUUUAUUUGUGUUUGUGUUAAAUCUUUUUGGAAAUAUCAUUGUUUAUGUGUUGUUGAUUUCAUACUGCAUGUAUUUCAUACUGCAUGAGUUGCAAAUGUGUGAUAUUGAAAUAUGAUGCUUUAAAAAAAACGAAUUAAUUAAUUAAAACUUAAACAUAAUUUCACUAUUUCUUGCUUUGACCAGUCAUUGGUUUUGACCUAACUUAGCAUGCAAAUGUUUUUGUCACAUAAACCUUUCAAAUAAUUUCUUAAUUCAAUUAUUCCAAUAUGUUUUUAUGGAUAUGUGUAAACUCCUGUGUUUAUGCCAUUUCAACUCGUCAACUCAAAAAUGUAUCAGCCCAUCAUUGAUAUGUGUUGCUAAUGGGGCAGACUGGUCAAUGCUUUGUAAAACAUUCUUGGCUAUUCUUUGCCAUUCUUCUUUGGACAUUUCCCUUUCAACCGCUCAUCUCUAUACCAUCUCAUGAUAAGGUCAUAUAGGAAGUUAUGAAUAACUGCAUUAUUAGUAUGAACAGAAAUAAAGUACUAAAUAUUAACUAAAACCAUGCAAAUGUAAUAUUGUUGCUCUAAUCAGAGAUGUCAGUAUGGAAUUCGUCCCAAGUCUCCAGUGUGGGAUAAACAGACACGCUUUUGCCAUCCUAGCUUGGGGAUAUAUUUGUUUUUUACAUCACAAUAUCAACACAGUUUUGGUAAUUACUGCUCUCAGUAAUUCAUUCAUCAAACUCCUCUCUUGUUUCUCUUGUAAGCAUGGAACGCAAAUAUGAGGAUCUAUUGGAAAUGUGUCUCAGGUAAAUGGGUGUGAUUCAGCAAGGAUAUUUCUUUAUUCAGUUUACACAUGACAUAAUAAAAAAGUGGAUUAUUGCUUGAGACAGA